CCUUCUGAAGGUGGCGCACAAGUCAGGAAGCUGGCAAUUGACAGUCCUUCUAAAGUUACUGAUCAAAGAUCAGUUGUAUUGGACGAUGUGGGAAUGGACAUCCCAUUUGAUGCAGCAGAAAUCAGACCUGAACCUCCAAAUUCACUGGAUCUGAAUGGUGCCCAUGCCAGGAAAAUAAAGCUCACAGCUCCUAACAUUAACCUUUCCCUGGACCACAGUGAAGGUUCUAUUCUUUCUGAUGACAAUCUUGAUACUCCAGAUGAACUUGAUAUUAACGUAGACGAUCUUGAUACUCCAGAUGAAGCAGAUUCCUUUGACUAUACUGGAAAUGAUGAUCGUCCUGCACUCGGCCACUCACUUCAAGGAGAUUUUGAAUCUAUCCAAGAAUACUCAGCAGAAGAAGAGAGAGCCGAUAAUAAGCUAUGGAGGACUGUCAUCAUUGGUGAUCAAGAACAACGAAUAGAUAUGAAGGUCAUUGAACCAUACAAGAAAGUGAUAUCACAUGGAGGUUACUAUGGCGAGGGUGUGAACGCCAUUAUUGUGUUUGCUGCCUGUUUUCUGCCUGACAGUAGCCGCGCUGACUACAAUUAUGUCAUGGAAAAUCUUUUCCUAUAUGUAAUAAGCACUUUGGAACUCAUGGUAGCAGAGGACUACAUGAUUGUCUACUUAAAUGGAGCCACGCCAAGAAGAAAGAUGCCAGGACUUGGAUGGAUGAAGAAGUGUUACCAAAUGAUAGAUAGACGGCUAAGGAAGAACCUAAAGUCAUUCAUUAUCGUUCAUCCAUCUUGGUUUAUCAGAACUAUAUUAGCCGUGACACGUCCUUUCAUAAGCACCAAGUUCAGCAGCAAAAUAAAGUAUGUCUCCAGUCUAGCUGAGCUCAGGGAGUUGAUUCCAAUGGAACAUGUGCAGAUUCCAGAAAGUAUUAUCAAGUAUGAAGAAUCAAGGUGUUUUCCAAGGAAUGUAAGCUUCGAGAAGAAAACUGAAGACAACGUAUAACACUAUGGAACACAGAGGCUGAGAAUCUUCAUGGAUAACUCUAGUUUUAUCUUGUGGUUGUAUAGGCCGGGAUAUCUUAUGUAUUUUAUUUUUUAAAAGUGUAAAUUAAUAAUAGAACGCAAAAGGAAAUCUCUUUAAUCUAAAAUGGCAUCAACAUGAGAACACGUUGAGUCACUCUGCUUAGAGGGAACGUGUUGUAUUUCAUGAGACUUGCAGCUCAGAAGAAAACAAAGUGAUUCAGUAUUUGCUAUGGUGACACAUUUACUUUUGGUGGUAAAAUCAUGUUUUGCUUUCAUGGUUGCGGGGUUUUAGGCAACUAUAAACCCAUGUAAGUGUAUUUUCAGUACUACCAAAGUAAAAAAUAGCUAUUAAGAAAGUUACUAAGCAAUGACAAGAUCCCAACACAUACAGACAUCCAAGACACCUCUUUAUACAUUUAACCUCUAGACCAGUGGGGCACAUUUACAAAUUGUUUUACUCCAGAAAAGUGCCAUAAAAGAGUAAAAAAUGAUAGUGCAAGCUAUAGAUGCAUCAUAAUUUGCUACUUUUUACUCUCCUCUCCACUUUUCAAAAGUGGCCAGAAAAGUGGCAGGGGCUUAGAUGAAGGGAUGUAGGUUCCCACAGUUUCUCAGCUUUACUAUAACUUAAGGCAGAAACUGGCGUCAAUUAUAAUCAGACUUUAUACUAAGACAGAUGUACAACUUAGUCUUACUAUAUCUGCUCCAAUAUGUAUCAUUAGGGUCGUCGGUAUACUAGCCAUAAUACAGUAUACAAAAGCAACCACACUGUAUGCCCAAACAGUAGUCAAACAGCAUACAUUUACCAAUAUACCAUGCCACAAGCACCAUAUACUGCAAAAAUAAUAUACUCUACUGUGCCUAAGUAGCAGUGUCACACAAUGCUUCAACCAAUACUACCAUAUAGUGCUAACCUAAUACCUAUAUACAGAGAGCAAUUACCAGAUCCAUACACAAAGCAAUUAAUGAAAGUGCUAUAAAAUGGUUAAAUAAUACUAGGUUAGAAUUAACAUCAACAUUCCUGGUGGUCACAAGCCUUAGAUGUCAGUGGGACCCCAUUCAGCAGAGCAGGGGCUGUGUGCACCAUAGUAACUAUUGAAUCCUUCUAUACUUAUAUUGAAAGGAACCUGUAAGGCGCUGUAACCUGCAAAAUACAUACAUAAACAUACAGUAUAGCUCUUUAUUUUGUAAUAAACUGGUGACACUUGUGACAUGUUUGUGCACAAAUAAA